ACCACGGCAUCACCAGGGGCAACCACAGCAUUACCAGGGGCAACCAGAACAUCACCAGGGGCAACUAGAGCAUCACCAGGGGCAACCAGAACAUCACCAGGGGCAACCACAGCAUCACCAGGGGCAACCAGAGCAUCACCAGGGGCAACCACAGCAUCACCAGGGGCAACCACAGCAUCACCAGGGGCAACUACAGCAUCACCAGGGGCAACCAGAGCAUCACCAGGGGCAACCACAGCAUCACCAGGGGCAACCAGAGCAUCACCAGGGGCAACCAGAACAUCACCAGGGGCAACCACAGCAUCACCAGGGGCAACCAGAGCAUCACCAGGGUCAACCAGAACAUCACCAGGGGCAACUACAGCAUCACCAGGGGCAACCACAGCAUCACCAGGGGCAACCAGAACAUCACCAGGGGCAACCAGAGCAACACCAGGGACAACCACAGCAUCACCAGGGGCAACCAGAGCAUCACCAGGGGCAACCAGAACAUCACCAGGGGCAACCACAGCAUCACCAGGGGCAACCACAGCAUCACCAGGGGCAACCAGAGCAUCACCAGGGGCAACUACAGCAUCACCAGGGGCAACUACAGCAUCACCAGGGGCAACCAGAGCAUCACCAGGGGCUAAAUCAGUCCGAUAUUGCGGCCCCAGUGGUUACAGGUAAUACAUGUGGUGGGGGAGGAAGGAGACAGUUACAUCUCAGGAAGGAAGACAUCUCACAGCUGGCAGGAUGUCUGUAACAUGAAGGGGCUGACAUGGUGGUCGGGUGUCCAUAAAGUGCUGGGGAGCUCUGUAAAUACCAGGGGAGCUCUGUUAAUACCAGGGGAGCUCAGAUAAGAUUAGAGCUCUAUAAAUACAUGGGGGGCUCUGUAAAUACCAGGGGAGCUCUGUAAAUACAUGGGGGGCUCUGUUAAUACCAGGUGAGCUCUGUAAAUACAUGGGGGCUCUGUUAAUACCAGGGGAGCUCUGUAAAUACCAGGGGAGCUCAGAUAAGAUUAGAGCUCUAUAAAUACAUGGGGGGCUCUGUAAAUACCAGGGGAGCUCUGUAAAUACAUGGGGGGCUCUGUUAAUACCAGGGGAGCUCUGUAAAUACCAGGGGAGCUCAGGAAAAAAGAUGGGAGCUCUGUAAAUACCAGGGGAGCUCAGUGAUAGAAUAAACAGAUUACAAGGAGUCUUAACUAGUAUCUCUGUUAACUAUGAGUGCUACUACCUCUCCCCUAAUAAUAAGAAUGAUGCAUGCUACACUUACACUAGUCCUGGAUAAAUUACUCACUGUGGACGAUUUAUAUUUUGCUUUAUUAUUUACUUCAUUGCAGCAAUAACUAAAGACAGGCAGAGUUUCCAUGAUUCAUCGCAGAGCUAGCAUAUUUAUUACUGACAUGUAUAAAGUGCCAACAUAUUCCACAGCGCUGUACAAUUGGAAAAAAGAUGGUACAAUAUAAACAGACCAAUACAAAAGGCAAAGCAGAGAUCUAUCCCGUAAAUCUAUAUUUUAUACGGAGUACUGUGCUAGAUAGCGGGUGAGUUUACAAUCUAAAGCAAGCACAUCCAUCCCAGACCUUUGUCACAUUAUUUUUAAUAUUUUACCAUACCGCAUCAUGGAAUUCCACAUUGACAGACACACUGAGUAAAGAGCCUAGUAACAAAUCAGAACAUACAGAAACAAUAUGAUACAGUACAUUUUGAGAGUUGCACCUGUAAGUUUACAAUCCUCCAAGAACAAUACAUUUCUUUUGCAUCCAAUCACAGCCCCUUCCCCCCAUCCCUCCAGAGGAUACAGCCGCAGAGCCCCCAUCCCUAAACAAUCCCUCCCACUGUCCCAUUACAGAAUCCCCUCCACGUCCCCCUUCACAUGUUCCUUCCCACUAAAUGUGAGCUCUGGCUGGCCACGUGACGUCAGCAUUAGACAGUUGUGUGAAUGGGCUGUCAGUUCCCUGAUGUUUGUCAGCAGAUAAAGUCUGUUUUUAGCCAAAGGCUGUGAAAACCCACACAUUUAAUUAUAGCUAUUUUGUUUCUGUUUCUGUUUUUUUGUUUUUUCUGCUUCGUUACUGGGCUAUUGCAUUGCAAAACAGAGAAACUAAUGAAUUCGUAUCCUUGUUUAGCAUUGUAUGUUCCUGUAUAUUUUCCUUUAAUGUUAAAUGAUAUCCAUAUUAACUCUCACCAGUUAGCUUUGUUUGCAUCGUGGGAACCGUGUGACUUCAAGAGAGGAAGAAACAUAUAUCUGUAUGUCUGUAAUAGAUAGAUAGAUGGAUAGAUUGACAGAUAAAACCAUUGUGACGGUCUGAAUAGGUAUCACCGUCUAGUAUUCCCUUAUCCCAAAAAAGUAUUAUCGCCAAUAAUCUACAUAGUAAAAUAUCGCUGGUAUCGCAAAAUAAUCCACACGUGAGCCAAAGCUUAAUGCUGGAACAAGACUGAUUUAAGGGAAGCACGGGCAUUCAAUUUAUACAAUAACAGGCUCCUCCUCUGAGCCAGCGAGAUAAUUGAGUUUUAGCAACAUACUUAAACUCAAUUAUCUGCUGGCCAGAAAAGUUAACAAUUUUCACUAUUUUCAGAAAUAUAUGUUAUACAUAUUAAAAUCAUCCUGGCUAGCUGAGGAUGAUGUGAGUAACAUAUCCAAAUUUCACGAAUAUCCAUUCGGUACUUUCCGAAUGGCACUUUGUGGAUGUUUGACCGGCUUACCACGAGGUUGUAUCCGACCAAGAGUUCCACAGAAUUGGUAGCAAGAGCCGGUCUCCGUUCGGAUGGAUUUGCAUGAAAACCGCCGUAGAUAUAGUAAAGAUGAUUCGUGGAGAAUGCUCCCCCUUGUUCGUCUGUUUGAAACACCUGAACGCCGUUCUUCUACCGUAUGUGGAAACCGUUCGUAUGGGACUUCCAUAGGGACCGGGUGUUUGUGCGAUUGCCAUGCCCAAAACAGUUCCAGGCACUCGACGACCAAGUCCCGCUGGCGGCGUUCGGGAGUUAAGAUGGCCGCCGUCCAUUGUUCUCACCACGUGCAUUUGUGUGCACGAAAUGGCGGCCGUCUAGGGGCAUUCAAUUAACUUGCGGUUUUCGUGUAGUUAUACAAGGUUCUGUUUUCUAUUUGGUACUCAGGGUGGUCUCCGUUCGGUAAAACGAAUAUUUUACCGAACAACGAAAAAAGAAACGAAUUGGUUCCAGUGCAUAAAACAGCAGGGAGUGGAAAUAACCGAACUGGUUGUAGGGAAUCCUUCACAACCAUCUUAAAGGAACAUUGCAAACAUUAAAAUGUAAUACAUUUCUUUUUAACAUUAUAGAGGUCAUUGCUCUGUUACAGUUACUACCUCCUUUUUAAAUAGAAUAAUGACAAAAAACAAACAGAUUAAAUUUAGCUGUAAUCCAGCGCUAGAACAUUCUGUUCCACCUUCUGAGAGAUCAUCAGUUGUGAUAAUUAUAGUCCACUAUCCAACCCACUGCUUUUCUAUGUUUCACACAUAUAUAUAUAUAUAUAUAUAUAUAUAUAUAUAUAUAUAAAUAUAUAUAUGUACAGCCUCUUUCCUUUUUACAUUGAUGUGCAAGUGUCAUCUAAUUAAAGGGAUCCUAUAGUGCCAGGAAUACAAACCCGUGGGUCUGAAGGGGUUAAAACCCCUUCAGCUACUUACCUGAAGCCAGCGGCAAUGUCCCUCGGAGUUGGGUCAGGCUCCUCCCACAUUCCUCCCCGCCAAGGUCAGCGGGCGGGGAGACCUAAUGCGCAUGCGCGGCAAUGGGAAUUAGACCCCCUCCCCCAUAGGAAAGCAUUAUUCAAUGCUUUCCUAUGGGGAAAACCUGACGCUGAAGGUCCAUGGAUUCCGGAAAGCCCUCUAGUGGCUUUCUGUUAGACAACCACAGAGGGCAGACUUUGUGCUGCAUUGUAAACAUUCUCUGGAACUGCACUUUCAUUACAUUGCAGCACUAAGUGCAAUAGGGAGACAGCACCCAGACCACUUCAAUUAGCUAAAGUGGUCUGGGUACCUUCAGUCCCUUUAAUCACUUUGGUGAGCUGAGUUCAAGAAGGAAAGUUCCAGGCUGUCUGAUUGAAGAGAGUCUCAGAGAGAGUUACAAUAGAUGUUUGACAUUUGUCUUUCUUAAAGCUUGUGUGCAGAAUUGAGUAAGAAAAUAAGACUGUGAUUAAACACAUAUGUUUAAGAAAUAAUACUUUUAGGGACGGAGUGAUCAGUGCAUGUUUGAUGGACUCUGGGCCUUUAAGAUAGAUACAUUAAGCAGAGCAACUGCAGUACAUUACUUGGAGUCUGUGAACUAUCUGAAUCGGCCAUGCCUUGGUUAGAACUGUAAGUGACGGCUCUCUGUGACAUAAGGCACAACAUUGGAGAACAUUCAGAGAAUACUCCCUGUAACGGACCGUUUUGCGCACAAGAGGUUAAAAACCGUUUAGGCGAUAUUCCCCUUUCAGAUGCACAGGCAGCUACUGCAAGCACCAAUCUCCCGAACAGGAAACACACGAAUUCUCCAACUCCCACACUGGAAACACACAAAUUCUCCAACUCCUGAACUGGAACCAUACAAAUGCUGUAAACAGCCAAACAGCAAAAACCAUACGAACAGUUUACACUCCUGGCAGUCGAACUGGAACAGCAUACAAUCCAAUUCCCCCCAAGAACGAGACGACACUUCGUUUGAGGAUCAAGCAGAACUGAUUUACUGGGGCUACCUGCCUGGCUUUUAUGCAGGUCUCCCACCUGGUGGACACUCGCCUAGGGGACCAGAUGGAAGACUGGGAAACAUAUUGGACAUUGACCAAUCACAAGCUUACAAUCCCACAAUGCAUUACAAUCCCUCCUCUCUGUCCUGGAGAUAAUUGGGAAGUAAUCCAAUUAUCUCCAAGGACAGAGGCAAAACUCCAUUAAUCACAUGGCAGACAAAGGACAAUAAAAGACAUAAAAUUACAUACUGUUACAUUUAUCACAUAGAACAUACACAUUCUACUUAUCCCCAGAUAGCUUAGAUCUGAGCGCCCAUUACUACCGGAUGGCGCUCAGAUCACAUACAUACAGUUCAGCCAAAGUUCAGCCAAAGUCUUUCAUACAGUCUUUCAGUAUACGGCUGGGCUCCAUGGCAUAGCUAUCUGGGGUAGCAUGGUUUAAACAGUAAAGUCCUGAAUGGACCGGUGUUCGGAUAAUUGACUGCAGGUCGGAGGGAGGUCGGCAGCUCAGCGGUGUUCGUGACUUUAACAGUCCGCAGAAAGGCACGAACAGCCUUUCUGCAGGGAAAAAGACAUGGGGCCAUAGUCACAGGGCAGGAGGCUGGCAAUCAGUCUUCUCCAAUGCCCAGUGGCGAGGUUGGUUCCGCCACACUCCCAACUACCCUAUUCUAUUGCCCCCAUCAUUUAAGCAAUCAGCUGUUGUUACUAAAUCUCAGGGUUUAGUGAAAAGAAAUCCAUUAAAGGUCAGGAAUGACUAUUUUAUUAGCAUAUUCUAUUUAUUUAGUAACAUUGGUGUUCUUUAAUUUGCAGGACAAACCAUGGAAGAUCAGAUGGAAACAUCUACAAUGUCGACAACGUUGCAAAACACCCUGAUUCAAUAUCACUGCUUUCCAGAAACCGAGUGGCACUUAGCCAAGAAAACGGUGAGCAUGAGUGUUUUUGGACUGUUUUCCCCAAUUCUAUUGGGUACUUUGUUUUAAUAUAGAUAUACCACUGAUGAAUAACCAACCUCGUGCCCCAUGCCAUGACUAAGCUUUGCUCCUUAUCGUAGUUAUCAAGGAUCUUAAAUCUGCCCAAGGUCAGUGUUAACAGUCAGUGUAGACGUCAAUGUGCAAAGACUUCCAUGUGCGCCUUCUGUAACAAUCAUACCUGUACUUGGCCCAGCUGUUAUCUCUGCUAUAAGAAUUUCACCCAGGCACUUAUCAUUAGAACGUCAGAUAAUGUAUCUUGAUUUAAAAUAGCUCAGGCAGGGAAAACAUGUAUUAUUAUCUUGACCUAUGUGUAGAAAUUAUGGCUGUCUCUUAGGAACUGGUGAUAGAAGCUUUGCAAUGUCAUUUAUUGUCAAAUAUAAAAGUAUAGUCAGCAAGUUCAAUUUCAUGAGUUUUGUUGGAAGGUUAAACAUGCUAAAGUAAAGAAAAUGAAAUCAUAUUAUUUCUCUUGAACAUAUUCUGGUUCUGUUUUAAGAUUAUGGAGGGUGUUAAGUAAAUGGGUAACUUUGUCUGAUAGAGGAGAUGAAAAGCAAUGAAAUGAGAUCAACGAGGUAGAACUGUGAUGGGCAAAAAAGAGUGCAAGAGAAAGUAAACUUAGGGAAGAAUAGCUGAGGUAGAGGGAAGAAGAGCUGAAGUAGAGGAAAAGGAGCUCAGACAGAGGAAAUGAACCGAGACAGGUAAGAUGAGCCGAGACAGGUGAGAUAAACUGUGACAGAUGAACUGAGACAGGUGAGAUAAGUUGAGACAGAUGAGUUGAGACACGUAAGAUGAGCUGAGACAGAUGUGCUCAGACAGGUAAGAUGAGCUGAGGCAGGUAAGAUGAGUUGAGACAGAUGUGCUCAGACAGGUAAGAUGAGCUGAGACAGAUGUGCUCAGACAGGUAAGAUGAGCUGAGGCAGGUAAGAUGAGCUGAGACAGGUAAGAUGAGCUGAGACAGAUGUGCUCAGACAGGUAAGAUGAGCUGAGGCAGGUAAGAUGAGCUGAGACAGAUGUGUUCAGACAGGUAAGAUGUGCUCAGGCAGGUAAGAGGAGCUGAGACAGGUAAGAUGAGCUGAGACAGAUGUGCUCAGACAGGUAAGAUGAGCUGAGGCAGGUAAGAUGAGCUGAGGCAGAUGUGCUCAGACAGGUAAGAUGAGCUGAGACAGAUGUGCUCAGACAGGUAAGAUGAGCUGAGGCAGGUAAGAUGAGCUGAGACAGAUGUGCUCAGACAGGUAAGAUGAGCUGAGGCAGGUAAGAUGAGCUGAGACAGAUGUGCUCAGACAGGUAAGAUGAGCUGAGGCAGGUAAGAGAUGAGCUGAGACAGAUGUGCUCAGACAGGUAAGAUGAGCUGAGGCAGGUAAGAUGAGCUGAGACAGAUGUGCUCAGACAGGUAAGAUGUGCUCAGACAGGUAAGAUGAGCUGAGGCAGGUAAGAUGAGCUGAGACAGAUGUGCUCAGACAGGUAAGAUGAGCUGAGGCAGGUAAGAUGAGCUGAGACUGUGCUCAGACAGGUAAGAUGAGCUGAGGCAGGUAAGAUGAGCUGAGACAGAUGUGCUCAGACAGGUAAGAUGAGCUGAGGCAGGUAAGAUGAGCUGAGACAGAUGUGCUCAGACAGGUAAGCUGUGCUCAGACAGGUAAGAUGAGCUGAGGCAGGUAAGAUGAGCUGAGACAGAUGUGCUCAGACAGGUAAGAUGUGCUCAGACAGGUAAGAUGUGCUCAGGCAGGUAAGAUGAGCUGAGACAGGUAAGAUGAGCUGAGACAGAUGUGCUCAGACAGGUAAGAUGAGCUGAGGCAGGUAAGAUGAGCUGAGACAAGUGAGAUAAGCUGAAACAGAUGUGCUCAGACAGGUAAGAUUAGCUGAGACAGGUACAAUUAGCAGAUCAGGGAAGAAGAGCCAAAUUAGGAAAAAGGAAACUGAGACAGGGAAAUGAAGCUGAGCCAGAAGUAGUGAUUCUGAAAUAGAAAGAAGCUGAGGCAGGGAUCUACGACUAUAUUUAGUUCCAUUGCUUGAAGGCACAGCCCUUAUCGGAGCUCACUCCCAUUUUAUUCCAUUAUAUAUUUAAGAUUUCCAUUUGGUAACAGUCACUACCCACUUUAGUGAGUAAUAACUGGUUGGUAAACCUGCUGACAGAGCUGAAAGUGAGCCAGUGAACUGUUAAAUUGUUAUCUAUGUAUCCUUGUAAAUAAAUGCUACAAAUCAGAAAAAAAAAAAUAUAUAUAUAUACACAUUUCCUUAUAAUAUUGAAUAAGAAGAGAAGCAUCUCAGUUCAUUAUCGUAGUUAUUCCUACUGAAUAUUUUUCAAAGUCUGUACAAUAUUAUUUCAAUGGUUUUCUUAUAAAUGAUUUCAUUAAAGCUCUUAAAAUAUAAAUGACGUACUAAUGAAUUGUAAGCAGAGUGAUUGAUACUCUUGUUUUUGCUUUUUCCAGAGUGAUGUAACAGUGUGGCGGAGAUCCUCUGAGGAAUUUGGCGGUUCGCUGUAAGUAUUUGUAAGUGUGUUAACCACGGCACAACGUUACAUAUGUUGUUAACAAACAAAAUCGUUUGAGCUGUGAUAGACAGACAGGUGGACGGAAGGACAGACUGACAUUCACUAAACAAUGAGUUGUGCUGCGCUGACAAAUUGUCGUGGCAAAAUUUACACCACGACUUAACUCUUUCCCACACAUUUUACAAGUCGUCUCUCAGUUAACCACAACUCACGUUUUGGUGUAUUGACCCCAAAGUCAUAUGCUCUACUUGGUAACCAAUCAUGUUUUAAAAUUUCAUAGUGUAUGGAGAGGUCAUCUAAUUAAUUGUACACCGUAAUGAAUGAGGACCCUAAUCUUGGGCAAAACCUAAAUAUCAGUCUAGGAAUUUUUUAUAAUGUCUCUAGAAACCAUUGAGCCCCUUAUUUUCCCAAAAUACAGGGUUUACUGUAUCCCCCAUUCUUUUUAUAUGUCUUUCUCUCUCUCUCUGUAAAAUAAUGCAAUAACGUAUAAGGAGAGAAUGAGCAGUAAUUGUACGAUAAGCUGUAAUAAUACAGUAAAUAAUAAACUAUGUGGUGCUUCCCGGGUAUGUGUCAGGUGUUAUACCUAGUUUUCUGUGUAUUACAGCUACAAAUGUGAAGGCGUAGUUAAAGAUGUCUAUAGCCGAAUUGUGGAUUACAUCCGCCCCGGACCUUACAGACUGCAGUGGGACAGCUUAAUGACAGAGAUGGAUAUAAUCAAGGAGAUAGAUCAGGUAAGUGAUUUAUUGGGUAGUUAAUCUUCUCAUUUGACAAUGGAAUCGAUAUUUUCUACAGGGUAUACAUGCAUGUUUUGUUAUUACUUCAAUAUGUCUGUAUACAAGACAUAAAAAGGUAGGUGUGCGUCACCAUCAGUAGGAUAUAUGGUUUAGUACACUGAUGCUGUAGUUUCCAUAUUAUAGACUAUAGACAAUUAAGCUUGAUUUAGAGCAUACUCUGUUAGCUUCUUAAGGACUUGCAGCUUCUCUCUCUCUGAGCGGUUUAUUCAGUAAACUGGAAAUUAUGGGAAGCAAUAAGGGAAUUGCGAGUUUUAGCCAAAGAACUAAGCUGGAAAAAUAGCUACAUGGAUGAAGAUUUCCAAACUGGCUAAAAUGUACAUUUCCCACAAAUCACGGUUUACAGCCUAACAGAGAGUGCCUUACACACAGGAUCCCCCAUGAGUCUUUGACUCAUACAAUGGUGCGUUACCCCGACAUUGGAGGGACACGUCACAGAGCAUGACAGGGUGAGGGGGGGGUCAUCACUACUCUUGACCGAAGCUGGCGAAACGCACAGGGGAGGUGGGGGGAGCAGCAACUGACUCAAUACACACACCAUGAGCCAGGGGGACCCAGACAGCACUCAAGACAACAAGAGGGGACCAAGGCACCUACACGCCAGACUCUGAUAUCCACUGACUCAGAGUUAGCGCUGGGGGACUUACAACCCCAUCAUACACUCGCACAUAGCGACUGGUACGCACCCGCACCAACACCGCACACGCUUCUACACCUAUAUGCUGUGAGCCUACUCUCUAUGUGAGACCUGCAUGUCUCAGCUAUCCUUGUUCAGAUGGGGAUCUGCAUAUCCCACUUUGCCAGAUGCUUCCACCUCUACUCGAAACCUGUGUGUUUCCGCAUCCUUAUAAUCUGUAUUCCUGUUGAAAUUUUGACAAUUUUCUUUUCUCAAUAAAGAGAUAUUUACAACAACAAACAAAAUUACGUUUCCCCUGUGGAUGCUACACGAUAAUUUUAUAGAAAUAUUUUCACGGACACAAGGUGAGGAUUUGUGAAGGUUUCAGUAAUUGCGUUGCAUGUUUUAUGUAUACAUUUUAUCUAUUAUGCUUAUUAUUUUAGACUCCUAUGUUUAUGCAUCCCCUCUUUGGGCAUCCUCUGUCCCUUGCUCAAGCAUAUAAGAUACCAGAUUUUUGGAUAAACUCUGGAGAGACAGUGGACUUCACAACCCAAAUAGAAGCAUGUAGAAUACUGGCUGAAAAUAUAUUACUGAGUGCUGUAUUGACAGUGGGCUCUGUGACACUUUGGCCAAGUAUAUAUGGAACUAAUUGUUUUUAUAUCAGUGUUUUAGGUCUCCAUAACCCACUAGAGAUAUUAUCCUCACAUACUACUGGUCCAAUGAUGGGAAGAACGAAGGGCAUUCAGUACUAUCUUAACAGUUUUCAAUGUCCCCUUCAUGUUAUUGCCUUGUUAAAUGAGGAUCCACAAGACCCUCCUUUUAUUAUUUUGCAUUGGGAAAGUGCCCAGCUUUCCUAGGAUAAUACUGGCUCUUGAGGACCAAUUUUUUUUCAUUUUAAGUAAUUACUCAAUUUAAUUAUUUAUCUGGUUUUGUUUCAAGAAUGCAGCCAAAAACAGAAUGUAGCAUUUGCAAUGAAUCCACAGAAUCUACAAAAUACUCCCCUAUACAGUCUGUCUAUGCCGAAAAAAGAGUUUCUGAAUGCUAAUUGUUUUUCUAUUGUUGUUAUUAGUUUGCAAUGGGCAGCAUGAAUUUAGUAGAUUAAGCAGGACCUAUUGUCACUUUAAUAACAUAUAUAUCUUAAAGGAACAUGCCAAUGCUAAGAACCAAUAUUUGGUGUUAAUGUUUGGGGUGCUCCUUCAACUCAAUACAUGCCAGACGCACCCCAAACACCCUAAAAAUACAUUUUACUUAACUUUUUCUCCAGUGAUAAGUGCUUUCUCGUCAUUGCUCCACUUCACCUCUGAAAAACGAUAUUGGCUCAUGCGCAGCAACUCCUGCAAAUCCACCAAUCAAAUGCAGAGAAUGCAACAAUUAACCAAUAGAAUGCUUUUUAUAAGGAAUCCUUAGACUAAUGCCUCUCUAUGGAAGUUCUCACUGAAGUUCGGCUUGAAUGAUCUUACAAGUAGAGUGAAUCUGGACGUCCUCCUAGCUGUCAGCUUGACUGCCAGGGUAAUGUUUCUAAAUUAAUUCAUAAAAGUGCAGAGUUUUUUUGAAAUCAGCACUUUUAUGUCUUGGGAAAAGGUGAACAUGCAGUUAAUCCCUAAAGCACUUUAGUAAGUUAAACUGCUCUAGCAGUCUGGAGUGUACCUAUGAGAUUAUUUCAAAUGUAAUGCCUAAAUAAUUAUACUUCAUUUUAUUUUUUCAAUCUCUUUGAAGUUCUGAUUUUACUAAUAUUAAUUUAUUUAUGAAAAAGAAAACCAUUCACAGCUGGAUGGCUUAAACUAAAAAAAAUUAGUUAAUUCUACGAAGUGAAGCUUAGUGACCAGGAGAGUCUGUGGCCUGCGGUUCCUUCUUCUAAAUAAAGUGAUUAUCUGUAAUAAUCGAGACCUGCUUGGAAACACCAUCGCAAGCAGCCUCAACUUGUAGUAAGUUGUAAAAUCUUAACUACCGGUGCUCCUGGCUUCUCUUUAUUCCCCCUCUGUUUGUGUAAGAUGGAAAAAUAAAGCUGUUUAUAAUUUAAAACAUUAUCACGGGUUGAGAUUACUUCUAUGGCGUUUCCUGAUAUAGGUCCAGUCAUCGCAGAUAAUCAGUCCAACAUCGGUUUAUACCGUGUGUAAUAUGUCAGACUGUGACUUUGCUUAUUUUUUGAUAUCCAUCAGCUGUUGGCUCAUGGAUGCAGUUCUUAAGCAGAGUUUAAAAUACAGCUGAUUUGAAAAUCAGAAGACCAAAAUACUUGUUAUUUGAAUAGAAAUCUCAAUGUUUCAUUAUCACAAUGUAUGCACGCUCUAUAUAUUAUCCAGAGUAAGUUUUUUGUUUUAAUAUAUUUUUUUUCGUUGACCUGAUAGCAUCGCUGUGUGAUGCGCUACACAACUGCCGGUCAACUUUUGAACAUCAUCUCUCCCAGGGAAUUUGUUGACUUUUCCUACACCACACCGUAUGAGGAUGGACUUUUAACUUGCGGUAUGUUUUUUAUGGUUUUUUUCCUGUGUAGACACUGUGUUAUUAUAUGGAGAGUACUCUACAUAACAAAAACCCUGCAAUCAGUGCACCUUAACCUUUUAUAAAGCAUGAUAAAGAUUGCUGGAGUCUUUGACUCAAUAUAUUAUUUCUUCCUUCCCAAAGAUCUAUACAUGAGCUAACGUUCAUUUUCAAAUUAAAUGUACCCCAUAAAGCCCCAGUUAACAUAGCAUUAAACCUGUAGAUAAAUACGAUUUUCUUCCAUUUAGAAACUCUGCAUUUCUGCAGAGGAACUUUAAACUGUGUCACUACCUCCUUCGUCUUAAAAAUCGAUAUAAACAUUUGAAUAGCAAGUCAUGCUUGGAUUCUAGAAUCAAAGAUGAUUCUGAGAACAGUAAAUACACUGUAGAGAUAAUUUGAGGACUGCCUUACAAUGACCUGUAUAAUACAGAUGCUUACUGUAACUGUACUUAUUAUAUGGAGGUAUUAUGCACACACACAUUUUCUCUCCAUGUCGAUGACAUUUUUUUCAGAAAACUACAUUCCCAAAAAUGGCCUCAGGCUCCUCACAAAUUUCCAAAUGAUCUGAUUGAACUAAUUUUUGCAAUUGUGAGUUUAUGUUAUGUCACAGUUUUGUGAGCUUUAACAGCGUGUCAUUUAUCACAAGCAAAGCUUGUAUUGGAUGCUUUUUCUAUUUGUUAAAUUUUUUAAUGAACACAAAUAAAUUUAAAACAAGAUUCCAAACAGUUUAGCGCUAUUUAAACUUAGUUUAUUUCGUUUUAUUUAAGCUACCCAAGCUAUAUUAAUAUUUACUGUAGUUACCACUGGCAGAUCUGUCAGGUUUUCAGUGUCAGUGAUUGAGAAAUGGAAAGUGUUCGAGUAUGUGAUGUCUGCAGCCAGCCAGAAGCUGUAAUUACUCACUAACACCCAGGAUUACACUGUGAAGAUAAGAGGACAUUAUAGCUUGUAAUUACUAACCUCUGUAUGUUACUAUACUGCCUCCUAAUUGGUUAAGUGUAUUUACAAUGAGAAACAACACCAGCCUGAUAUGUUUAUAUAUUUUAUAUAAUUCUCUCCCUCCAAUUUGAUCAGGAUAUGUUCCGAUACUGAGCUCAUCUCAAUUAGCCCAAGAUCACAGGAGAGACAUGUUGGCCUUAAGGCGUAUGUGCUUGAUGGAUCUAUUUUUAAAAAAAUAAUAAUUGUGCAGUCUCUUUUAAUUUUUUUUUUUUAAUUUUACUUUUACAAAGACAUUUCGGCUGAAUUUUAUAGAUCUUGGUUCCGUUCAGCAUAGCAUAGUGAAUUUUGCGGAAUGCAUGAGUAAACCUUCUAAUUUGUUGUAUUGCUGGGAAGAAAACUUUUCAAAUUUAGCUAUUUUGGCUUAAUUACGAAAUUUUAUUUUUGGGUUAUUACUAUUUUCUGUUAAAUCGUUAUUUAAUUUGUUAAAUAUUAUAUCUGGGUUUAUUUGAUAAACAUCAAGCUGUGGUGUAUUGAAAACCGAAUUGGAAAUUGUAGGCAAAAAUAGCUUAUAUCAAAAAUUCUCCAUCUUGGCUAUAGUCGUAGAUUGGGUAUUUUAACCUGUAAUUUAAUAUAUUAUUGGCUUUUAGUUUAUAGCAAAUUAGUGUUUACUUAAUAAACCCCAUCAAUUUUAUUCUCAACUUAACUUUAUGCUCUGCUGCUCUGUUAACAGGUGUUAGCACUGAACACGAAAUUGUUCGACCUAAUUGCGUCCGUGGAUUUAAUCACCCAUGUGGCUGGUUUUGUGUGCCUCUUCCGGACAAUCCUGAAAGCAGCUUGCUGACUGGCUACAUUCAGACAGAUCUACGAGGGAUGCUUCCUCAUAAGACUGUUGACCUUGCAAUGGCAGGUUCACUUGUUAAUUUUUAUACUGACCUCAGAAAGGCGCUUAAAGAGUGAAUCUUCUUUCAGGGUCACCAUUAUAUGGGACAAACAAUACAUUUUAGCUGUACAUUACUAGCCAUGGAAAUACGUAUCCAAAUACAUCUAAUAGGCUAUGACCCAAGGUUUCUUGUUUUUUUCAGUGAAAAAAAUCUUUUUAAUGCCAUGUUUACCCUUAUUAGAUUGUAUGAAGAAGAAAAAGCACAUAUUUUUACUAGUUAACAUGGAAGUAGAUUAGACGUCUGAAAGAGCUUUACUAAUCUAGUGGUUCACAGCCUUGUCCUUGUAGCACACCAGUGGCCCAGGUUUGGUUAGUAUCCCUACAGAAAAAAAUAUUGGGAAAUGCCUACAUCCUAAACUGUUGGUGCGCUAUAAGGACUGCGUUGGGAAACAUUGCACUAGACCAUUGAAAUCAGACUCAUCUGUCGCCUAAACCUUAGUUAUUAGGUUAUUUGGUUCUGGCGAUAUUUUAAGUUUAAAGGAACGUUAUAGUGUUAGGAAUAGAAAUCUGUAUUCCUAACACUAUAGUGGCACUGUCCCUAGGUAGAUACAGCUCCUCGCCUUAUACAAUAAGUAUUACUUACCUUUUUCCAGCACUGAGGCUUCCUCGGCGCUGCUCACCUCUCCACCUCCUGAGACGUCUUCACAGAGGCAUCACGCGGAAGCCAAUGGUCCAAUCCAAUGCUUGUCAUAGAGGAGCACUAGGGAUGUGAUGCACAUUCACAGUGAGUUCAGCACAUGCAUCCAAGCUCCCACAUAGGAAUGCAUUGUGUUCAUUGCUUUUCUAUGGGCUUCCAUGAGCAAGUUUUACCAGAGGUAGAUUGUUUUACAUUGCAGGGUUAACGACAGGGACUCGGCACCCAGAUCAUUUUACUGAGAUGUAGUGGCCUGGGUAGGUUUAGUGUCCCUUUAAUAUAAUAAGGGAUAUAGUAAUUAUAUUAUGGAUUCCAAGAACCCCCUGUAAUCAAUAUGUUAUUAAUAAGCAAAUUAGAAAUAUGUAUUUAAUCUGAAAAUGUAACUGUAAUAGAAGCGUUGUAUUCUUGUUAUUGCAUUGCACAUUCUAACUAAAAAAUACAGAAUAGGGGGACACAGAAUAGGGGGACACAGAAUAGGGGGUGGGAGGGAUUUUGAAUUCAUUUAUUUUCGACAUGUUUGAUAUUGUGCAUGCAAAUUGCAAUGCUUCUUAUUUCAGUGUAUUUGUUUACACAUAUUUUAAUUGCUAGGCACACACACACAGAAUGGCUGUAAAAACAAUAUCACAGACAGUGCUCCCUAGUUGGUGCAUUUUAAACAUUUUGUUUUAGAGCAGUCUUCUAAUUCUGGAACAAUCAGCAGGGACAUACCAUUGGUUCCCAUGGUGAUUGCAGCAAAACUGUCCUUACAUAACCUCAGUUUAUUAAGUAUUCUGCCAAGAAAGACACAUGGUAGUUGGCAUUUGUCUAGUUCUGUUGCAGAAUACUCUCUACCUAUAGUAUUUAUCAUUUCCUGGACAUGGAUUUGAUCCUCAUUUAUAAUACCUGAAGUGCAUUGUUCAUUUAACAUGAAUUAAUUCAGGACAUGAUUAAGCAAAUACCUUUACUUCAUGACAACCCUGGAACAUCAUUUUUUAUGAAGGGAUUAACCUAUCUUGCCAGGUAAUCGCCAGUUUGGCAGCUCCCCUGUGUGCAAACAUUUCCUCGGUAUCACUGUGUAAGCAUUUCAGUUUAAAAGCUAUUGCUUGCCAAUGUUUCAUUUAUGGAUUUUAACAUUUUUUAUUCUGUUUAUUUACCUUUUCCUCUGUCCCAGACUGUAGAAAUGUUUUUGGAUGUCUUUUCUCUAUUGUCAUCUAAAUGUGUAUUUCCAGAAUUAGUUCUCAGCAUUGCCUAGUUUAAUAAAUAAUGCUUGCAGUGUAUACCCAAAGCAUUUACAAGUGUUUUCAUGCCUCCCAAAAGACCCAGAUCCGGUGGGACUGAAACAUAGAAACAUAGAAUGAGACGGCACAUGAUAACUUAGUGAAUAACUCUGUUGGAGUCUUACAUAUUUAUUCACUAAAGUGAGUAUUCAAAGUGAAUUUAAAAUUCUAGGCCAAAGUAGCCAAACAACUUUUCCAAGACAGUUCUAACAGAGCCUAUGGUUCUAUUUAAAUAGAAAUGCGGUUUCACGGCUCCAAGCCCAUCUACUAAGGGGUCAAUAACGCCAACCGCUAUAUGGAGCUGGAAUGCCUAAUACUUACCAGAUAUCCUGCUGUAAGUGUACGUUUACAAAAUCACUAGCUGAAUACAAUAUGAAUAUUGUUUCUUUCUUAAAUGAAAGAUCCAGCUCAUUUGCCACAUGGACAUUAGCAACACAGCUGACUUUAAUAACUUCUCCAAUAUGGUUACUUUGGCCUUAAACUUGAAAGUUGCUGUAAAUUCUCACUUUGGUGAAUAUUGCGGUCUGUUUUUAGUCUGCUUUUCCUUCAGUGGUAAGAGGAGCGUUGUGUACUUUUCACUGCCAUAUUCACAGAUGGACCUUCUUGUGUCCAGGCUGUAUGACCUGUAAUGAUUGCCUGCCAGACUGUGUGCCUUUGGCUGCCCUUUCCUACAUUAUCUACGGAUGAAGGAAUGGCAGCUUACUAGAUCUGCUGCUAACCAUUGGUUAUUAUUAAAUAAAUUUUCUGUAGAUUUUGACUGAAAGUGUGAGAACUAUCAUAUAAUUGCUGUGAACGUUUGUAAAAUUCACUCCAUAUUUCCAAAUCACUACCUCCUACAAAGCUGUAUGACUUGAACGAAAAUAAUUUUAAAUUUAAAAAGCUAUUUUUUUAUAAUCGUGUGUGUUUGCCAUAGUUCAGUAAAACUAAGUACCAAAAUGAUCCAUGAAAGACUACUCAAACCCCACAGGAUUUCUGGAUUACUGUAUUGUGUUUAUUAUUGGCUGUCCUUGAGGACUGAUAUCAAUAACCAGAUUUUGUUUAUUGGUGGCUGUCCUUAACUCCAGGAGGACUGAUAUCAAUAACCAGAUUUUGUUUAUUAGUGGCUGUCCUUAACUCCGGGAGGACUGAUAUCAAUAACCAGAUUUUGUUUAUUAGUGGCUGUCCUUAACUCCGGGAGGACUGAUAUCAAUUACUAGAUUUUGUUUAUUAGUGGCUGUCCUUAACUCCGGGAGGACUGAUAUCGAUGACCAGAUUUUGUUUAUUGGUGGCUGUCCUUAGCUCCUGGAGGACUGAUAUCGAUGACCAGAUUUUGUUUAUUGGUGGCUGUCCUUAACUCCGGGAGGACUGAUAUCAAUAACCAGAUUUUGUUUAUUAGUGGCUGUCCUUAACUCCGGGAGGACUGAUAUCAAUUACUAGAUUUUGUUUAUUAGUGGCUGUCCUUAACUCCGGGAGGACUGAUAUCGAUGACCAGAUUUUGUUUAUUGGUGGCUGUCCUUAGCUCCUGGAGGACUGAUAUCGAUGACCAGAUUUUGUUUAUUGGUGGCUGUCCUUAACUCCGGGAGGACUGAUAUCAAUAACCAGAUUUUGUUUAUUGGUAGCUGUCCUUAACUCCGGGAGGACUGAUAUCAAUAACCAGAUUUUGUUUAUUAGUGGCCGUCCUUAACUCCUGGAGGACUGAUAUCGAUUACCAGAUUUUGUUUAUUAGUGGCUGUACUUAACUCCGGGAGGACUGAUAUCAAUAACCAGAUUUUGUUUAUUAGUGGCUGUCCUUAACCCCGGGAGGACUGAUAUCAAUUACUAGAUUUUGUUUAUUAGUGGCUGUCCUUAACUCCGGGAGGACUGAUAUAUCGAUGACCAGAUUUUGUUUAUUAGUGGCUGUCCUUAACUCGGGAGGACUGAUAUCGAUGACCAGAUUUUGUUUAUUGGUGGCUGUCCUUAACUCCUGGAGGACUGAUAUCAAUAACCAGAUUUUGUUUAUUGGUAGCUGUCCUUAACUCGGGAGGACUGAUAUCAAUAACCAGAUUUUGUUUAUUAGUGGCGUCCUUAACUCCUGGAGGACUGAUAUCGAUUACCAGAUUUUGUUUAUUAGUGGCUGUCCUUAACUCCGGGAGGACUGAUAUCAAUAACCAGAUUUUGUUUAUUAGUGGCUGUCCUUAACUCUGGAGGACUGAUAUCAAUUACUAGAUUUUGUUUAUUAGUGGCUGUCCUUAACUCCGGGAGGACUGAUAUCGAUGACCAGAUUUUGUUUAUUAGUGGCUGUCCUUAACUCCGGGAGGACUGAUAUCAAUAACCAGAUUUUGUUUAUUAGUGGCUGUCCUUAACUCCGGGAGGACUGAUAUCAAUUACUAGAUUUUGUUUAUUAGUGGCUGUCCUUAACUCCGGGAGGACUGAUAUCAAUGACCAGAUUUUGUUUAUUGGUGGCUGUCCUUAACUCUGGGAGGACUGAUAUCAAUAACCAGAUUUUGUUUAUUAGUGGCUGUCCUUAACUCCGGGAGGACUGAUAUCAAUUACCAGAUUUUGUUUAUUAGUGGCUGUACUUAACUCCGGGAGGACUGAUAUCAAUAACCAGAUUUUGUUUAUUAGUGGCUGUCCUUAACCCCGGCAGGACUGAUAUCAAUUACUAGAUUUUGUUUAUUAGUGGCUGUCCUUAACUCCGGGAGGACUGAUAUCGAUGACCAGAUUUUGUUUAUUAGUGGCUGUCCUUAACUCCGGGAGGACUGAUAUCGAUGACCAGAUUUUGUUUAUUGGUGGCUGUCCUUAACUCCUGGAGGACUGAUAUCAAUAACCAGAUUUUGUUUAUUGGUAGCUGUCCUUAACUCCGGGAGGACUGAUAUCAAUAACCAGAUUUUGUUUAUUAGUGGCCGUCCUUAACUCCUGGAGGACUGAUAUCGAUUACCAGAUUUUGUUUAUUAGUGGCUGUCCUUAACUCCGGGAGGACUGAUAUCAAUAACCAGAUUUUGUUUAUUAGUGGCUGUCCUUAACUCUGGGAGGACUGAUAUCAAUUACUAGAUUUUGUUUAUUAGUGGCUGUCCUUAACUCCGGGAGGACUGAUAUCGAUGACCAGAUUUUGUUUAUUAGUGGCUGUCCUUAACUCCGGGAGGACUGAUAUCAAUAACCAGAUUUUGUUUAUUAGUGGCUGUCCUUAACUCCGGAAGGACUGAUAUCAAUUACUAGAUUUUGUUUAUUAGUGGCUGUCCUUAACUCCGGGAGGACUGAUAUCGAUCACCAGAUUUUGUUUAUUGGUGACUGUCCUUAACUCUGGGAGGACUGAUAUCAAUAACCAGAUUUUGUUUAUUAGUGGCCGUCCUUAACUCCGGGAGGACUGAUAUCGAUUACCAGAUUUUGUUUAUUAGUGGCUGUACUUAACUCCGGGAGGACUGAUAUCAAUAACCAGAUUUUGUUUAUUAGUGGCUGUCCUUAACCCCGGCAGGACUGAUAUCAAUUACUAGAUUUUGUUUAUUAGUGGCUGUCCUUAACUCCGGGAGGACUGAUAUCGAUGACCAGAUUUUGUUUAUUAGUGGCUGUCCUUAACUCCGGGAGGACUGAUAUCGAUGACCAGAUUUUGUUUAUUAGUGGCUGUCCUUAACUCCUGGAGGACUGAUAUCAAUAACCAGAUUUUGUUUAUUAGUAGCUGUCCUUAACUCCGGGAGGACUGAUAUCAAUAACCAGAUUUUGUUUAUUAGUGGCCGUCCUUAACUCCUGGAGGACUGAUAUCGAUUACCAGAUUUUGUUUAUUAGUGGCUGUCCUUAACUCCGCGAGGACUGAUAUCGAUGACCAGAUUUUGUUUAUUAGUGGCUGUCCUUAACUCCGGGAGGACUGAUAUCAAUUACUAGAUUUUGUUUAUUAGUGGCCGUCCUUAACUCCGGGAGGACUGAUAUUGCAUGCAUGGGUUAAGACGCUGUGCAUGUGAUUACUGAGCUUACACUCCCAUCCAGCUGUUGAAUCUACCUCCAGAAGUAGAAAAUAUAAAUAUAUAUAGUCCUCUAUAUUGUUAAUGUUUUACUCAUCUGUUAUAGCUAAAAAAAAAAAAAAGAAAAACCUGCAUCUUUUAUUUCUGAUAAAAUGUCAGCCAUUUAAAUGUAGAAAUAUCAUUAUAUGUUAUGACUUUGAAUAUUGAAUUUAUUUAUGAAUGUAUUAAUUAUAUUUAUAAUUAUUCUGUGUUUUGAUGCCUCAGAUGGCACGGUGCAUUUUGUGCAUUCACAGCAAUGGAAAAUGUUUGUGUUCAUUACCUAAACAAACAUAAGGAAUAUUUUAUUUAAUUAUAAAAUGGGCUGAUGUAUGAAAUGCAUAAUGUAUGUAUUUACUCAUUAUAAAAGUAUAGAUUAUAUUAGUUUUAAAGUACACGCCAUUAUCUAUGUUUAGUAAAACAAUGUAUUAUUUAUGCAUACGC